AUGUCACACUACAUGCUAAUCUCAGCCAAAGCGGUUGAGAAAAAAAGGCUACCAAAUGGGAAAAAUAAUGGGGCGGCAUCGUCUCAGCGUUCAAUUCAAUCAAGUAGCAGGAACUCGAUCUCUUCUGGUCGCCGUAAUGCAGAUGCCAAAUCCUUCAUAUCGACUUCCACCUCUUCAACUUCCUCCAGCAAAAGCGGGAAGCGCAAAAUGGUCUUCGAUAUCAAUAAAAAUUGCUAUGUCAAUGCAGAGACUUUGAUAACACCACCCGAUCUUGCAGUAAUACGCUAUGAGAGAAAACUCAAUAAAAUUCUCGAUUGUCACUAUAAAGUUUUAAAUCAGAAAAUGAAUUCCCAAUAUCUCCAUGAUUCAAUGGACUCAAACUCCAACUUUUUGAUUUCACGCAAAAAUUUGAAUAUGCUUAGGUAUAUAUACUUUGAAGACUUUGUAGUAGAUCAAAAAAUAACUGAGAAAAAGACUAAGGAAAACAUACCAAAGCCCAGGUUGAGCUACAUGAAGAGAAUUCAAAGAAUAAACAAUAAGAGUCAUAAAGUGGUAAAGGGAUUGCCAUCCAUGGGGUUGGAUGCCGCCUUUAUCAACGAAAGUGAAGAAGAGGAAGAAGAAGAAGAAGAUGCUAGUGAAGAAGAAGAGCGAGAAAGAAAUUUGGAAAUUCGCAGUUUAAGUAUUUCCCCAGAUAACGCUAGCCGUGCAAGCGCUACCACAGUAGAUGAUUUGUAUGGCGACUAUUUAGGCGGUAACAAUGCAAAAAUUGGCUGCGAAAAAAGGGGCAUGCGUACUGUAUUCGAAUCCGGCCAAUUCUGGAACAGUGUGUAUCAAGAUUUCAAGAUAGAAGAACCAGAAUACUUUGAAUAUUUACCAGCGAUAAACCAGUUACAAAGCUUCUACAUUGAGGUGGUUGAUUACCUUUUAUACCACAUCAGAAUCUUGGAAAUAUCGACGGAAGCACCUGAAUUAGCCAAAUUUAAAUCAGAACUUGCUGAGCAUUAUUUCUUCUACAUGAGAGAUGAUAAUUACGAGUGGUUCAAUAUAAUGAGUAGUGUACACAGCCGGUUGUUCAGAUUUGGCAGAGAUUACUCGGCACGACAGCUAGCACAAGUGGAAUUGAUUUUAAUCAAGAAACUUUUGUCUACGAUACUGAGCAAUAUUGUCUCUACAUUAAGACCAAAUGGAGGGAGUGCACAGUCUAAAGAAAAAUGCCUAAAGACUUUCAAAUUAUGGGACGAAUUCAUGGAUUUCACCUUCGUAGAGUUAAUUCAUAAAAGAGAAAAUUAUGAAACUAAACUUUCGCCCAUAAAUACAAAUAUCCCCAGCCAAGUUCAAAGCUCAACAGAGACAAUCAAUGCUAAUAAUUCCAAUGCCAUACCUAGAAAUGCAAGCUGGUCACUUUCAGACUCUAGAAACCCUUCCAUAGUAAGCUCCACCUUUAGCGGAGCGGAUUCAAUCUUAUCGGUGAAAACGGGUAAAACCACGACCGAUUUAAGUGUUCCAAUUCUAGAAGCUGAAGAGCUAUUUUACUCCAACAAAAAAGGGAAAGAUGCAAUGCAACCCCUACCAAAGCAAAAGAAGAGUGGCGGAAUAAAGGGACUAUUUAGAAAGAAAUAG